AUGAAAACAAAAUAAAUAAAAUUAUAAACAAAACCAGUUUACUGAUCAAAUUAAACGCAUGAAAUAAUAAAAAGAUAAGACUUUUCAUAUUUCUAUAGUGUAUAAUUUAAAAAAAAUAAAACAAAAGCGCAUUUUCCAAAAAAAGAAAAAAAAAUCUUAAGCAAUUCGGCUGUAACCUAAAUUCUUAAAGAAUCUUUCAUCAAGGUGUCAAUAUUGAACCGGAUGUUCUAUGGCUACAUAUAUUGGAACCGACAUUGAUCUGAUAAAAAGGCACAUCCAGAGAGAAAAUUUCAACUACUUUCGACAACAAUCAUAACAGGAUGAGAUAACAAGCACCUUUUAUAGAAUAUUGUUUCCCUUCUUCUUCUCCUUUUCUUUUGAUGCUUGUCUUAUGUCAAACUUACACAUUACAAUCUGGUACACGUAACUACACAAAGAAAUAAAAAAAAAGACCAAUUGUGCAAUGCAAUUCGUCGACACCCAGGUUUACUUUUACGUCAAAGAAUCGCAAUGUAACACGAACUGUCUUUUGUCAACUCAACUAUGGACUUUAUAAAUAGGAGCUGAUAACUAAUAACUAGUCAGUUUCUUACAUUUUUUUGGAUAGUCGCGAUGUUCGUGCGAAUAGUGAAUUUGUUUCUUCUCAUUUUUUCAGUGCAAUUGUGUAUUAUUCAGGGAUGGAAUUCCUCGAUUAAUGAUUUGGAUUAUAGGAAAUUUAGAAGAUAUUUAAAUAACAAAAUUGAGCAAAAUGCACCGCUUAAAAAGUUAAUAAGAAAAAUUGAUCAAUCAGUUGAUGAAAAUUUUGAUACUAAUUCCCAAGAAUUUUUCUUGGGAAAAAUGAAAUGUUCGAGGUACAAUAUCGAGAAAAAAACUGCAAAAGUUUUAGAAGAAGGAAACAAUCGUUUUAUGGAUUUUGUGUGGACAUUUACUAAUGAAGAAAAUGCAACAGUUACUGUCUCAAUUCCUAUCAACAACAAAAGCACUUUUCUCUCUAGAACUACAAUUCCGGCGGAAAUAAAAGACGAGAUCUAUUUUGUUGUUCAUUGUAAUAUACCAAAUGAUAAAGAAAAUUUAACGGAGGAGAUGAAAUUCAUCAACGACACAAAUCUGAAUUUUAAAAAUUUCACAAACAUUUCAGGACAAUUGCACAAAUUUUAUGAAAUACUCGUUGAAGAAGAAAAUUUAACGAAAUCAAUAGAAAAAAAAUUUUAUGUAAAAAAUUCUGUAGACAAUCUUAACAUAAUUAUUUUGGGAAAUCUAUCAAAACUCGAUCUACAAAUUCCAGUUCAUCAAGAAAGACUGUUGCAAUGGAAUGAAAAUGGAAAAAUAUCGGAUUUGAUGAGUUCUUUAAAGCGCAUGACACAAACUAAGGGGUUGCAAUUGAAUGUGCGCAACCCUCCAUUGGGUGAGUGGUGUCUUAAACUCAAACCAGGUGAAAGUUCAAAUUAUCGUUUUAUAGCCACGAUAUUUAAUGAUUCUAAGACAGAAGAAAAGAAUUAUUUUAAAAACAAUGAAAAUUCAACAAACGAGUUCAAAGAAGAAGAAGAAGAAAUUGUUGCAGAAAGCAGAUAUGUCGAGGAAAUAGUCGAAAAACCAAUUACAUACAAUACAGAUGAUAAAAUGAGAACUGAUAAUGAAUCUUCAAUUAAAUUUUCUUCAAGAUCAAUUGAUAUUAAUGACAAUGAUGAAGAAACUCGUCAUUUUAAAACAUCAGACGAAGAAAAAGAGAAAUGGAUGAAUAUUUCAAAUAUAUUGAAGCAACAAAAAUUUAUCUACAUAGAUUCAAAAGACGAUAGCCUGAGAGAUUUAACACAAUCGACAAAUUUAGAUUCAAGAAUUGUAUUUCCAGAAACACAAUUCACCAAUGAAGAAACCAAGAAUAAUAACAAUAAUAAAUUUAAAAAGAUAUUAGUUGUUCCACAAAUAGAAGAUCGAAUUAAUCAUGAAUCCUUGGAACUUGAAGAUCUCACAAGAGACGCAAGUGAUAGUUUUUUUCAAAAGAAAGUUGUAACUGUCGACGUUAAUUCAGAUACUAAUUUAAUAAUAAGACCAGGUGAAAGAAUAUUUAGAAUAAUUUUCGAUGUGAGAAAUAAUCUUAUCACAGAAACAGUAUUAUGUUAUGGAGCAAUUUCACCACGCUUCAAAACAAGAUUAUAUAUCUCAAAUCCACCUCUACCAAACGCAUAUUGCCACGUAGUGAGUCCAGGACAACUGAUAUCAGUUACAGUAGAAAUAUUAUCGCCACAAGGAAUAUCAGGCAAUGUUCAUUCUGUAACACUUAGUGUUCUCGUUCAAGGUUCGCAACCAAAAACGAUACAGAAAACAGCAAAUUUCUACAUACAAAAUUCAAAUCUUCGAAAGGUUGAUGACACGAGGCCAGUAAUAAAGUAUUACUUUAAUAACAACUGUGGAGGGCAUUUGAGAGAAGAUAAAUGCUCAAAGAGUAUUUGGAGCGUAGACAUAACUGUACAAGAUGUGGAUUCAGGUCUAAAACAAGUAACCUCAUCUCCAUACGGACUUGAAGCUCGUACCGAUUAUGUCAGUGGAACAACCAAUCAAGUAACAUUUUUUUAUUAUGCAACCUGCUGCCAUCAAGCAGUUGACAUAUCUGCUGUUGAUAUGUAUGGCAAUUAUAAUAAUCGACGAAUAGACGUUACAGAAUGGGACAACUUGUCGGAUGGAGAAAUUAUUGCAAUUGUAAUGGGUGUUUUGUUUUUAAUAUUGCUAUUAAUUUUAAUUGUCCUACUUAUAAUGUAUUGUGUGAAAAGAAGAAAAAGUCGUGAUUUACCGUUUACACAAAGAUAUGGAUCUGGAUCUCCUGAACAAAGGCCAGAAAGAACAAGAUUUUAAUUUUUAUAUAUUAUGAUUGUAAAUAUAGAAAUAACUUCAUCAAAUUUUCUUUGGCAUUUUUAUAAAAAGUUUAAAAUAUAAACCAUUGAAUUCGCAUUAAUGUAUUAUAAUAAUUAAGAAAUUUUUUUUUUAAUCUUUUAAUUUAAAUUUUCUACUUAUUGUAAUUUACAAAAACAUGUAACAAAAUAUUAAAUCUCAAUCUCAUAAAAAAAUAUAAUUUAUAUAUAUGUUAAAU